AUGCACCUCUCCGCUCCUGCUGGCAGGAGCAUAAAUGAUGGCAUCAAGAACUCAGACUUCUCCUUCCAAAUGAUCUCGGUGGAUACGGUGGCCGAUCAUGUCAUGCGCACUGGGAAGGGGGCAUUGCUAUGCAAAGUGGACAUCAAGCAUGCAUUCCGGCUCUGUCCCGUUCAUCCCAACGACUGGCCUCUACUCGGAAUAUGUUGGCGGGGGAAGUUUUAUGUCGACAAAGUGCUGCCUUUCGGCCUGCGCUCCGCACCAGCUUUAUUCAACCGCCUAGCCGAAGCACUGGCCUGGCUACUUCGCCACAACUACGGUUUGAAGUGUCUGGAACACUACCUUGACGAUUUCAUCAACGUCUCACCACCAGCGCCGGUGGUCGCCACAUCAACAGCAGCGGUGCACAUGGCCACCAUCCUGGAGGUUUUCGCCAACCUCGGGUUUCCCAUCGCGGAAGGAGCAGACAAGGUUGUCGGUCCGGCCACGGUCAUGACAGUGCUCGGCAUUGAGCUGGAUACUCAGGCUCUGGAAAUGCGGCUGCCGGCCGACAAGCUUCUCGAGAUCAAAGCGCGGCUCAACGAGUGGGCGGUCAGCCCAUCGUGCACGAAACGUCAACUGUUGUCACUAAUUGGCCUCCUCUCAUUUGCGUCCAAAGUGGUUGCGGCCGGCCGCACCUUCACCCGUCGUCUCAUCCAUACCAGCACCACCGUGACAGGCUUAGAUGAAGAAGUGCACCUGGACGCCGAUGCUCAAGCAGACAUCCGUUGGUGGAAGGAGUUCCUCCCACACUGGAACGGCCGAGCGCUUCUGCGUGACCCAGUAUGGUCGAAGCCCCCAGACUUUGAGCUCUAUACCGAUGCUUCCGGCCUGGGAUUUGGAGGUUUCUUUCAGAGUGCCUGGUUUUGCCAAGAAUGGGGCCCGGAGCACCAGCACGGCCCUUUCUCCUCUAUCAUGUGGCGGGAGAUGUAUCCCAUUGCUGUGGCCGCGCAAUUGUGGGGCCCGCAGUGGCAGACGAAGAAGAUCCUCCUCCAUUGCGACAAUCAAGCUGUCGCCACAGCAUGGGAAUCCGGCUCAUGCCGGAAUCUGGAGGUCAUGAACCUCAUACGGACCACCCUGCGUAUUGCGGCACGCUACAACUUCAUCCUGUUGAUCCGUCACAUCUCAGGUAUCGACAACAGUAUUGCGGACGCCCUCUCCCGUCUACAGCUCAGUCGCUUCCGCUCGCUAGCUCCGUCUGCCAAUCCGGACCCAGUUCCACUGCCAACUCAGAUCGUCUAA